GAGAUUUUACUGCUACAAAUAUAAUCCUGUCAUCCACUUUGAUUUACCCCAGAAAAGAUCUACUUGUUUCUUUUCCAGGAAAUUUCCCUUAUUUUGCUAACACGAUAGAACUUAUAUAGACCAAUGACACCUGCUACUUCAGUCACCAAACCAAAAGUGUUGAUUAUUGGUUCCGGCGGAGUAGGAACAAUCUCCGCACUUUCACUCACUACCAACAAUAAAUGUGAAGUCACCUUAGUAGUCAGAUCCGACUAUGAACUUAUUUCCACCAAGGGUUAUUCGAUUAAUUCGUGCACAUAUGGUGAGUUGACCAACUGGAAGCCUCACAACGUAGCUAAAUCGGUCACCGAUGCUGCUGAAAGAUUUGGUCCGUUUGAUUACAUAUUAGUCACCACUAAGAACAUUCCGGAUGCUUCCAUCACUUGUGAACAAAUUAUUAAACCUGCAGUUGACUCCAGUCCUGAGCUGGUAAUAAUCUUGCUCCAAAACGGUUUAGGAGUUGAGAAGCCCAUGUAUGCUGCAUUCCCCAACCAUCUUGUCCUUAGUGGAAUCUCGCACAUUGGCUCAACUUACUACCAUGGUCAUGUUGACAAUAAGGGACCAGACAAUGUCUUCCUUGGAGACUUCAAUCCUGAAGGAAAGCGCCACCCUCUCUCCCAACUGAAGAUUGAGGAGUUUAUCAGCAUCUAUCAAAACCCGGAUAACAAGAACAAAAUUGUUCUCGAUGAGAAUGUUCAAAAGACAAGAUGGGAGAAAUUGAUCUAUAAUUCCGUAUUCAAUACCAUUACUGCAUUAGUCAAUCUUGAUGUGACUCGUCUUCAAAUCAACGGCGUCAAUGAAGACUUAAUAAGACCAGCCAUGUUGGAAGUCAUUGCCAUUGCCAAAUCCGUGGGAGUAGAAUGUGAUGCUAGUAAAGUCGACAAGUUCAUUCACAUAGGCGACGGAUUAUUCUAUGCUCCUUCCAUGUGUAUCGACAUGAGAAAAGGACAAUUAAUGGAAUUGGAAAUCAUCUUGGGUAACCCUAUGAGAAUUGCUAGAGAAAACGGUGUGUCUACACCUAUACUUUCCGUGAUUUACUCAUUAUUGAAAAUGGUCCAAUUUAGAAUCAAAGAGGAAAGAGGAAUGUUUGAACUUAACCAAGAAGAUUUCAAAGGUAAUUCUGAUGACUAUGCCCGUAUAUUUCACGACAAGUAUGUAUAGACUAUCACCACCAUGUAAAUACUGGUGGUCUACUAGUUUCUUUAACUAACCGUUCUAUAAUAACUCUUCUGUUUCCUGUAGCAUUCACGCCGCUAUCUCUAUUAAUAUGCUCGUACCCUGAUCCAUUUGCCACAUCGUCUUCAUUUAUUGCCACAAGACUAUUUGAUAAGUAGGUAUGGGCUUGACUAGGGAGUAAUGGAGUAUGUAUGUCAUCAUAUUGACGAGAGGUAUCUGUUUCAUACAGUGAAGAUUGCAUGCGGAAUAUGUCUUCGUUACUAUCGAUAUUCUCCGGCAUGUACAUGACAUCAUCAAACACAAGCAAGUUCUCUCGUUUAGCCAAUUCCAAUGGGCCCGCGUAUCCCAACUUUAGGAUCUCAACUACAUUGAACGCUUGUCCCUUGAGUACUGCCAACUGUUUAUGCCACAAUCUUUCUUGGAAAUCUUGAUCUUUAGUGAACACUCCCCGAAGUCCCUUGACCGUUUGUUCCCACCAUAGUUUUGAUGUAAGAAGCGGCAAGUAAUGAUUUCUCGUUCGCAUUGAGAAUGGCUGGCCAAUUAUAGAGUAUGGAAGAAAGAGCCAUCCGAAUGGGAAUGACCGCCAUUCAUCGGGGUGUUUCCAAGGGAAUGCUAAUCCCGAAUCAAUGGCUCCGAUCUUGAUCUUGGGUUUCAUGAUCUUUGUGGUUUUACUGUCGGAGUCAACCUGGGUCCAGUCUACUCUAAUCAUCCAAUUGUCUAAUCCACGAUCAGUAUUUCGCAUUAUAUAAUCUAAGAUCACUAGUUUUUCCACUUCUUCUUGAAACUGUCGCAUCGACUCAAUGCUCCAUUUGAAUGUAAAUUCACUCUCGUUUAUGUCCACUUCAACAUCCAGAUAUUUUGGUAGAUUCAGUAUUGUUUCAUGAUCCAGCGGUAUUGGGUUCUGACGUAUCCACACGUCUGCUUCCAGGUAUCCUUGAAGAAACACUUGAAAUGAUCCAAUUUUCUGGGGUAAUUUCGUAACAUCGCUAUUCUGAUCCCAAUACGAAUAGAAAAACGUGGGAGAUCGCAAACAAAUCACCUCAGUAAAUGGAACAAUGUAUGAUUGCAAAUGUCGAUCGAGACAACAUGCAGCUGCUUCACUGAUAUAUCCCAAAUUGGGAAUAAGACAAGACCGCCCGAAACAACACGGGAAGAAAGUUCUAUGGGCCCAUUUGGACCAUUUUGGCAGGAGUGGACCAUAUGGCUCUUCGUCUUUCGGUUUGAAUACACCCGCUUUGU